UCCUGUCUAUAGAUAGCUUAUAGUUAGCUGCUACCUUUGCGUAGCGAUGCAAGAACGACGUUGAUGCUCGAUGGUCGCCAUUUUGUUUGCCGUCGGUUCCAUGACAAUGACCUUUGACCUUAAAAUUGCGCAUGCGCGUUUCAUCAACCGCAAACUUCAUCAAGAGAGCGCGUGGUUCCGUGUAUUUACUGUGUACAAGUAGCUACUGUACUUACUACUGCCGGCGUCCUGGUGACCUCUCUCUCCUCUACUCUCUAAAAGAACACUUCUGUACCCUAAGUUAUGGAAGUUCAGCAGCAGACUCAGCAGAUGUCGUCGCCCGGCACCCAAUUCGAGCCAGGGAAAAUAUUUGUUGGGGGGCUGAGCUGGGACACGAACGAAGCGAGCAUGCAGGGACACUUCCAGCAGUUUGGGACCGUGAAGGAUUGUGUGGUAAUGAGGGACCCGGAUCAGGACCCAGGAAUCAGGAAAAACAGAGGUUUUGGUUUUGUGACAUUUGAAGACUCGGCUGCUGUGGCGAAGGUUCUUGCCAUGCCAGUUCAUAUCGUGGAUGGGAAGAAUGUUGACCCAAAAGCUGCUGUUUUAAAGGGAGGCCCGGUGUCAGGAGGAGACACUAAAAAGAAGGUGUUUCUUGGUGGCCUUGCCAGUCAGACCACGGAACAAGAAGUGCGGAAUUAUUUCGAGUCACGAUAUGGAACAGUAACUGAUGUUGACUUCAAGAAGGACAAAGACACCAGUCGUCUACGAGGCUUUGGUUUUGUCGCGUUCGAGACUGAAGAAGUUCGUAAUGAAGUCGUGAAACUACACUACCAUGAGAUCUGCGGAAAGAGGGUUGAGGCUAAAAAAGCUGAACCUCGCGGUACACCAGUGAGCGGGGCCCCGGCACAACAAUUUCAGCAGCGCAUGUAUCAACAGCCAGCCUAUCCUUACCAUCCGCAGGCUGCAGCAAGCAAUGGGCAGUACCAGCAGUACUACGGCGGUGGUGCUAGUAACCAGUACUAUGGCUACCAGCAACAAUCAGGCUAUGGACCUCAGUACAGUACCGGAGGGAGCUACCCGUAUGACCACUCUGGCUAUCCUCGAACUCAGACCUCAGCUGGAGACAGACCGGCUGACCCUCACCAGUCCUACUACCAGACACAACACACCUACGGUCACAGUGGGGCCCAGCAGAUGGGUACAGGGUACACCCAGGAAUCGGCUGCAUAUGGACGAAGUGCCUACCCCACCACCCAGGAGACUGGGUACAACCAGCAACUGGCCAGCUAUGGUCAAGCAGCAGCUGCUGCCCACCAGCAACAGCAGCCUCCUCAGCAAACUCAUCACUACGGAGGUGGAGCCGGAGUGGCUGGUAACUAUGGACACUGAAGAGAAGAACGAAGCAGCGUCAAACUGAACUGAAAUUGUGUUCAUAUUUUUGGCCUCAAACCCUUUGCGUGACCAUCAGUAUUGAAACAACUUGUUGCCAG